AUGUCGGCAUCAUUUCACAGCCUCUUUGAUAUCCAACCUGGUUCCCAAAUCGCAAAUCCGGAACCUGCUUAUCAGAAGGGUACGAACAAGGCACCGCAUCAUAUCGGUGUUUUACCGGAUGUUGAGCUUCAUGACUUUGCCGUGAAAAAGGAUGGCAAUAACCGCCAGCAGUCUGCCUCGAGGCAAUCAACGCAGAAUGGGGCCGUGACUCCAAAGACACUUACUGAGCUCGAGAAUAGCCGGCCUGCAACACCGACCCAUGAUGAUGGGUUCGCUCGUGAGCGGACUUGGAACGCUGACCCCAUGACCAAAUGGAGGAUCUUGUGCUGCUGCUUGAUCUACUUUUCCAAUGGAAUGAACGAUGCAGUCGUUGGUGCACUUAUUCCCUAUAUGGAAAAACACUACCACAUCUCGUACACAAUCAUGUCUCUAGUCUUCGUCGGCACUGCGGCUGGUUUCAUCAUCGCUGCUUUCUUCACCAACUCGGUCCUGGGGAAGUUUGGCAGAGCAAAAACACUAGUUAUCUCAGAGACGAUACAACUCUCAGCUUACAUCGUAUUGGUCUGCACACCUCCUUACCCGCUUGUGGUACUAUCCUUCUUCAUGUUGGGAUUCGGUGCCGCUAUCAACCUAGCACUGAACAAUGUCUAUUGCUCACACACGCAUCCUCCAAGCGUCAUUUUAGGCAUGGCACACGGCAGUUACGGCGUAGGUGGCAUUAUUGCGCCCAUCGUCGGAACAGCCAUGGCCUCGAGUGGCAUCCUUUGGUCCCGCUUCUACUUCAUCGCUGUCGGCAUAAGAAUCUGUUGCAUAGUCUUCGCCGCCUGGGCUUUCUGGUCCUUCAAAGAGGACACCGAGGAUAAUCUUCUGGAAACCACUAUUACCCAACAGACAGCCACAGAGGAAGCAGCGUCGAAGCUGAAAAACCUCAAGCACGCCUUGAAGAACAAAGUCACAUUCUUCGGGGCCUUGUUCAUCUUCGCGUACCAAGGUGCCGAAGUCAGUAUCUCGGGCUGGUUCAUCUCGUAUCUGAUUAAUUAUCGAAACGGUGACCCUCGCACAGUUGGUUACGUGACGGCUGGAUUCUGGGGCGGCAUCACAAUUGGACGCUUCGUCUUGACGCAUGCAGCCCCAAGGAUUGGCGAAAAGAAAUUUGUCGUCAUCCUGACACUCGGCACGGUUGGCCUUCAGCUUUUGGCCUGGCUGACACCAAACUUGAUCGGUAACGCGGUCGCCGUAUGUCUUUUGGGUCUAUUGCUUGGUCCGAUCUAUCCUUGUGCUUCAACCAUCUUCUCGCGUCUGAUGCCCCGGAAUAUCCAGACUACUGCCAUUGGCUUCAUCGCUGGAGCAGGCAGCUCUGGUGGCGCCGUCGCUCCCUUCACGACUGGUAUCCUUGCGCAAGCGUCAGGAACUUGGGUUCUGAAUCCGGUAUGUCUCGGUAUGUAUGGAGCCAUGUUGGCUUGUUGGUUUGCGCUGCCCAGGGUACGCAAGCGAACUGAGUAG